AUUUUCACAAUAAUUUAAUAUUGUCGACUAUUAUGUUUUGUUCUGGAUUCUGCAUACAUGGUUUGUUAGCGUAUACCCAAACAAAAAGAUCACAAGCAUGUUCUUCUUCACAUUCUUUGUGACGGUCCAAACGGCAGCCUUUGCUGUCGUCAUCAAUACAAAGGCAACUGUGUGGCAAGUCCGACCCGACAUCGAAAUGGUCACCAUCGUAUUCUCCGCCAUAUUUGGGAGUAUGGUUCGUACUGGCGUCCACACAUGGUGCUUGCAAAGGAAGGGCCCAGUCUUUGUUGCAAUGUUCAAGCCCCUGGGCAUGGUCAUUGCCGUCGCCUUGGCCGUCAGCUUUCUUCGUGAGUCGCUUUGUCUCGGCAGUGUGAUCGGAUCGGUGGUGAUUGGGUGUGGGUUUUAUAGUGUGAUAUGGGGGCAGAUCAAACAACUAGAAUUGGACCUGGACUUACCACCUCCUUCUACUUCUGAAUCACCAUCUGCCUCCCUUUUGCACCACUCCUCUCUACAACAUACCCAAGACAACAAUUUUGGAACCUCUCUAGUAGGGCGGGUUUGAAUAGUUAAUGUCAGUGUUUCAAUGUUCAAUACUUACGUUGGGCAUUGGAUUCAUCUACCUCAAAACGUGCUAGUACUGGAUCAAAUCUCUUCAACACAUGUUCAAUGUCAUGACACCUAUUUAAAGGAAUGAUAUAUAAAUGAACUAGGAUCACAUCUAAAUGAAAACGAUCUUGAAGAUAGAAUGACUAAAAAAAUCUUAAAAGAAAUGAAAGUAACUCUCUAUACUAAUAAGGUGUACUCUGAAGAAUUGUAUUAGUUUAGUGAGAAUAAUAUUUAACUCUAAAGUAAUAAUAAUACUUAAAAGAACUCCAUACAAUUUUAAAAUGUUUCUAAGUGAUCGAGUCAAAAGGAGGAGGAAGUCUUUACCCAACUUCCAAAUCUUUUCUCUUAAGAAAGGAUACAAGAAUUUCUUAAAAGAAUACGAAGGCAGCCUUAGUUAUACAACUAAUGGUACUAAAAUCAUAAGAUAUUGAGUAGCACGAACACCUAGUUUCAUCGUUGAGCUUAAAAGCAAAAGGAAAAAGGGAAAGUAAAAGGAAAAGGAGCUGAAAUCAAGAAAAUAUGGAAGAGUAAGAGCCACGCCAAGAAUCUAUAGCCUAUUUGAAUCACCUAAGAACAUAAAAAACUAACGGUUCAGGUCCUUGUUGAUGCACAACAAACAAAUAAUAUAAGCAUUUAUAAAUACUUCUUAAGAAUUAAACAGGGGAUAAAAAGUAAUUAUACGAUCUUAAUCAUAGAGGUAGCUUCAAAUAUGCUAUUGGUAUUAAUAUAAUGCAAGGACGUUGACAUAGUGUUUAGUGGUGAAAAUAAUAAUAA